AUUUGCCACUUUCCCCACGUGGCACGAUGUUCUCACUUGAUGACUUUCUACAGUAUCAAAAAGAACACGCCAUCCCAUUUUGCAGAUGGCGACAACCACGAAGAAAACCCUCCUCUUCCCACCUCCUCCGCUAUUUCUCUCUCUUCUGCCUCUGCCUAACUUCCUCCGCCUUGCUCCGGACUCCGAAGACCACCUUCUGUGGCCUCCUCUUGAGACGAUACUGCUCGAUGGAAAGGUUCACAGAUCGCUGGCUCAUGCUGGUAAGGUGAGAGGCCAAACCCCGAAGGUGGCCAAACAGGACACGAAGAAGAAGCCAAGUGGCAGGGCUCACAAGCGCAUGCAGUAUGACCGUCGCUUCGUUACCGCCAAGAGGUUAAGAAGUGCUGGAAGCCAUGCGCGUCCCGUGGAGAAGCAGAAUCGGCUCUCCGACCAUAUAAUCUUUGUAUGUAUGUUUUGCCCUUUUAGUGUUGGCUUGGUUUUGUUUUUUUUUUGGGUAAAAUGGUAA